ACCCACCCUCUCCCCAUACACGCCCCCUCCAUCGGAGACAUAGCGCUUGUGCGUGUCUGUGUGUUCUGUCUCGCCCUUCUUUACUUGCCCCUGCCCUACUACCUACCUACUUACCUAUCUAUAUGCGUACGCGACAACGCACGUAUCACCUCGAGCAAGAUUCUCGCUGCGGCGGCGAGGAGAUCCGAACCAAGCCACGAGGACGGAGCCCAGCCACCGCGGUACCAGCAUGGUCAUCGGUCCCCAUCUCCAUCUCCAAUAACCAUAGCCCGACCGCCGCCGCUCCGUUUGCACUGCCUGAGAUGACAGGUGACCCAGACCGGCCCCCGACUCGUGCGUCUUCUUCCUCUCAGCAGCCGCAGCCGCAGAUGCAGCCGCAGUUGCAGUCGCAGUUGCAGUCGCGGUCGCAGUCCCAGUCGCAGCCGCUGCCCCCGUCCCAGAAACGGCGGCGGGCUUCCUCCUCUUCCGAGGGCAACGCCUCGGUUGCCUCCUCCCUUCACUCGGCCAUGGAGCGCAGGGUAAGCCAAGGGACCAUCGCCUCCGACGACGCACCAUUGCUGGCAUACCAACAACAACAACAACAACAACAACAACAACAACAACAACAACAGCAGCAGCAGCAACAACAUCCAGAUCGAGAUAGAGGUGAUAGAGGUCGCCCCUCGGCAGCAUCUGUAGGCUCGGACAACUCCGUAGAGGGAAGAGAAAGGGAAGAAGAAGCCGCCGGCGCAAGGAAACGGACGGCUUCGGGUCAGAAGUACGAGGAGGCUGUUGGUCGUCCGCGUGCGCCCGCCCAUCUCACCUUGGACGCAUCCUCUUCUGCCACUGCGUCGUCGCCGCCGGGCUAUGAAGGUGCAAGAGAGUUUAUUUGUCUCUGUACUCCUGCCCCCAAGGUUCCCAGGCCGCGUAACGCUUUCAUUCUCUACAGACAACACCACCAAGCCCAGAUCACAGCCCAGAAUCCCGGGCUCUCCAACCCUGAUAUUUCGAAGAUCAUAGGAGAACAGUGGCGCGUGGAGCCGGAAGAGGUCAAGGAGAGCUGGAAGAGGCUGGCCGAGGAGGAGAAGCAGCGGCAUCAGCGCCAGUAUCCCGACUACCGCUACCAACCUCGCCGCGGCCAACGCCCGGGAAGCCGACCAAGCUCCGCAUCAGGGGAGGAUCCCGGCCGGUGUAGCAAGUGCGGCGGUCGAUUCAUCGCCAUGCCGAGGACUCCUUCGACGCCGCUCCUGACGCCGACGGCAGCGCGAUUCUCCAGCAUGCAGCAACAGCAACAUCAGCAGCAACAGCAGCAGCAGCACGAGCAGCAGCAGCACUAUGGCGUGGGCGAGUCGCCUCGUCACGCCCUUCCGCCCGGGAAACCGGCCUACCCACCUUACCCCCACGGGAACUUGCGGGAUAUCGAAGAAGAAUACGAAUCUGCCAUGUCACCGUCAGAAAUCAAGCGGCGCCGGUACAAUCCAGGCACGCCGAACCGCCCCUACUAUUAUUCGGUACCUCCCUCCCCGAGCCUGUAUCAUCAUCAUCAGGGUCAGCUCCCUUCUCGGCAUCACCAUCCUCACUACCCUCACCACCCUCAUCACGUUCAUCACCCUUACGCGAGGCAGGCGAGACAGACCUCCAUGGGCGGCAUAGCCCCACCGACAGCAGUGCCAGGUCCCGGCUCAGGCUACGGAGCGGGCCCACUGCCUGGCCCGUCUGCUCUCGCGAGAUCGAGCCACGGUGCAAUGGGUCCGCCGCCUCCUCCUCCACCACAUCCCCGACCAAGUCCCCGACCAAGCCCAUCGGGAGCGUCGACGCCGUAUCCUUCCUCCGGACCGGGCCGAGGCCGGGGUGGAUUCGACGAGAGCCUGCGUCUUCCCCCCCUGCAGACGCAGAUCCCCCCGCCCCCGUCCACCCCGACCCCGACCACCGCCGUCGAAUCGGACCGCGACGCCAUCUCCGGGAUCCACCCGCCGGCACCGGCCUCGCUGGGGUUGGGAUCGCUGCCACCGCACCUGCAGCCGCGCAACGGCGGCGGCGGCCAGGCGGCGCGCAGCCUCGAGGCGAUGGUCAUGACGAUCCCGUUCAUCAACAAGCUCAAGGUGCUGAGCAAAAUCAGCCCGCCGCUGGCGCCUCCCGCUCCUCCCGGCCCGACGAGCCCGGGGGUCGAGACGCGGGGCGCGGUGGUCGCCGUCGAGGGCUCGGAUCCCUCGGAUAGUAGGGGCGUCGAGCAGGUCGGGGCCGCUAUCCACCGGGCGCUGUUGGCUACGAACGAGGUGGAACUGAAGACGUGGGGUGACGAUAUGGCGACUGUGCCCGGAGGUCUGGGCGUGGGCGUGGGCGUGGGCGUGGGCAUCGGGGUGGAAGAGGAUCGGAGGAUGAGUAGUGGUGGUAGCCACUCGGCCAGCACCAGCAGGAGGAGUAGCGUGCAGGCGACCGCCACAGGCGCCGGGACCGGGUUGUCCGAUUCGGAUUUGUAUGUGGAAUACAUGCAAAAGGUGAUGCGGUGGCAUGAAAAGUCGCAGGAGAUCACCAGACACGUCACAACGCGGGCCGGGUUGGGGUCCCGAUUCCCGGGCGACAGUCAGAAUCAGAAUCAGAGUCAGCUGGUUCGGCGGGCUUCAGAGGGCGAGGCGAUGUUGGCAGCGCGGAUGGGGACUGGGUCUACAGCUGGGCCGGUUUCGUUUGGCCCCCCCGGACCGUCGUCGUCAUCGUCUGCUUCCUCUUCACUUCCGUCUCCAAAGACGCCGGUGGCGCUUCUGACGGGAGGGUUCAGCUUGAGCCUGUCAGACAGGUACGCGUGCCGGAUCCCCAUCUCGGACUCUUACGCCCCCGUGGACCACUGGCAGUGGAUGGCGACGCUGUGGAGGGGUAUUGUGGGACCGGACCUGGUCAUUUACGUGAAGACCUGCUCGGAGGAAGAAGUUCAUGGUGGGCCGACGGUGGAGUUCAAGGAUGCCCGGAUCGUGGUGGUGAAAGUGGCAGAAGGGAAGGGCCUGGAUGAGAAGACAGAGCGGCGGGCUUGUUUCGAGGUUGUUGAGUGGUUGCGCGGAGGGAGCUUUAGGGAAGGGUUUCGACGAGAGUAGGAUGGGGGAAGAGGAGACUAAGAAAGUUGGUAAAAGGAACGUAGUAUAGCGAGAUUUGUCCAUCCAAGGUGUUAUCUGUGGAUCUAUACUGCCAGAGGUUUGUCUGUUCUAAUAAGUUUUGUCUGGGGGGGUACCGAGAU